UCCGCAGCAGAGCAUGACAGCGGGAAAAGAUUGACAGCAGAAGAGAAUGGCGGGAACAAAUUGACGAGCAAAUCCCUUUCAUUUUCCCUUUAAAUUUAUCUCUAUUAUUUACACCCAUAAAAUUGAUUUAAAUCAAACCAACCUAUAAGCAAAACUAAUAUAUCACUGAAUUAGAAAAAAAAAAUGGGGAAGAAGAAGAGAAGUAGGGUUUCCGAAGACGAGGAAAUCGAAUCUGACACCAACCCUUUCGAUCAAAACGAACACACUCUCUACCAGGUUCUUGGUGUGGAGAAAACAGCAUCUCAACAGGAAAUAAAGAAGGCAUACUACAAGUUGGCAUUGAGGCUGCAUCCUGAUAAGAACCCCGGCGAUGAGGAAGCUAAAGCAAAGUUUCAGCAAUUGCAAAACGUUAUCGCUAUUCUUGGGGAUGAAGAAAAACGGGCUGUUUAUGAUCAGACUGGUUGUGUUGAUGAUGCUGAGCUUGCAGGGGAUGUUGUUCAGAAUCUUAAAGAAUAUUUCAGAGCAAUGUACAAGAAGGUCACUGAAGCUGAUAUUGAGGAGUUUGAAGCAAACUAUAGGGGGUCUGACUCUGAGAAAAAUGAUUUGAUUGAUCUGUACAAGAAGUGCAAGGGUAAUAUGAACAGGCUAUUCUGUUCAAUGCUUUGUUCAGAUCCUAAACUUGACUCUCACCGAUUCAAGGAUAUUAUUGAUGAGGUUAUAGCUGCUGGAGAACUAAAGGAAACAAAAGCCUACAAGAAAUGGGCAAAGAAAAUAUCAGAAAUCAAGCCACCAACUAGUCCCUUAAGAAGGCAGGCAAAAUCAUCAAAUAAGCAACCAGAAAAAGAUCUGUAUGCUAUCAUAUCACAACGCAAACAUGAGAGGAAAGACCGCUUUGAUUCUAUGUUCUCAUCUCUAAUUUCAAAGUAUGGUGGGGGUCAAAUGCCAGAACCCUCUGAAGAGGAAUUUGAAGCUGCACAGAGAAAGGUGGAAAGCGGAAGGUCCUCAAAAAAGUCGAAGCAAAAAUAGCAAAGGCUGUGUACAAUUCGUUUGAGUGCGAAUGAUACUUCAUCCUUUGUUAGUGGAAAUUCUUCUUUUCUGAGUAUGGGAAGUUAGCUAUUUUCAUGUGUAUGUUAAUAGUACCGGUUACUGUCAAUGGUGAAAUAGCCGCAACUUUCCUGAAAGUUUUAGGGAUUAUAUGUUAUCUUCCAUCAAUUUUCUCUGAUCCUUGAUUCAAAUGACAUGUCAAUUACCUUCUUCAACGUUCUCAGUAUGUUUUAUGCAUUAAAACAACCGUGGGCAAAAGCUAGUUUAUCA